UCCUAACAGCUGAUCAACAGACUUCAGAAAGCCCAAGACCUUCAACAGAGUUCAGCACGGAGAGAGAGCGAAAGGGGGGGAAAGCCGGAGCUAGCUGAGAGGCAGCGUUUUCAUGAGUGACUUUUCUGCCAUCCUCUAUUACAAUGAGUGGUAAAUAUUUACGUGGGAACUGUCAAAUACUCCAUUAAUAAAGGGACGCUCUGUGAAGUUUAAAACGAGCCAAAUCCUGGGAGCAGUUACCAGACUCUUUUCUAGGGUCGACCUGUGAGGAGACUGAGUACAGCUGCACGAGGAAGACAGAGAGCGAGGAGAAGAGCGAAGGAACGGAUCUCUCACUGUCUCACAGCGGGGGUGCUGUCCAGUGCUGAAGACUGCCUGCCUAUACAUGCACGCAGCACUGAAAGGGAGCUAUCCAGUGCUGAAGUUGCAUUUCUUACCAGCGGAACACGGCGCUGUCGCACGUAAACCAGCAGCUCAACAAAGACUAGCAGCGUGAGGAUUCGGAAGGGAUCUCAGGCUUUUCUCCCUGCGCUGGCAUCUGAUCACACACAAAUCGGCUUGCUGAAGAGCGAUUCAGCCCGUAUAUACAGCUAGUCCCUUUUCAGCCCGCCUUGCAUGAGGAGUGACCCAUUGAACCACAGGACAAGUGUUGUUUUGUGCAGCGUAGAACCAUGCCAAGAUCUUUUCUGGUCAAAAAGGUUAAGCUCGAUGAUUUCUCAUCUGCUGAUCUGGAGAGAAAUUAUGGCAGGUCGAGGACUGACCUCAGCCUCCGCUUUCAUGAAAAAGGGUACAUCAGUGACUACAUGACCCCGUCUGUCUACGACGGCGAAAGUGACAAUGGCAUCCACAGCGAAAAAGGCCCCUCUCCCAGCCCCAUCUACAAUGGCAUCCACAGCGACUACGGAGCACCAGACUCGGACCAGCCCGACAGCCCCCAUUCCGAGAUCUCCUCCGGCUACAUCAACGGAGACACCGCAGUGAGCGAGGGCUACACGGUAGACGCCUUCUUCAUCACGGACGGAAGGUCGAGGAGAAAAGUUAUCAGCAGCCCCAGGACCAUACAGCGUCACACAUGCAACGAGUGUGGAAAGACGUACGCCACGUCCUCCAACCUGAGCCGGCACAAGCAGACCCACCGGAGUCUGGAAAGCAAGAUGGCCAAGAAGUGCCCCACCUGUGGGAAGGUGUACGUGUCCAUGCCCGCCAUGGCCAUGCAUCUGCUCACCCACGACCUCAAGCACAAGUGUGACUUAUGUAGCAAGGCCUUCAGUAGACCUUGGCUGCUGCAGGGACACAUGCGGUCUCACACCGGCGAGAAGCCCUUUGGAUGCGCACACUGCGGAAAGGCGUUCGCCGACCGCUCUAACCUCCGCGCUCACAUGCAGACGCACUCCGCCUUCAAGCACUACAAGUGUAAGAGAUGCAACAAGACCUUUGCUCUAAAGUCCUACCUUAACAAGCACUACGAGUCCGCCUGCUUUAAGGGAGAGUUCUCACCUAUGAGCUCCAUUGACGACUGACUUCCAGUACCCAUGAACAUGUAAUGAAACUUCUUCCAACGGCAUCCCUAUAUUAUUCCCUAGACAACCUGUUCCAUGGUGACAGCACAGGUCUUAUACCCUCCUGCAGCAAACAGCAUCACUAAGGACAUGUGGGAUUACUCAUGUAGCCUAUACCCAAACUUUUAUUUCCAUUGGCUAUCCUCCCUUGAUUGUUAUAACAACAACAAUUUGUUCAAGUAUUAUGAGCUGAAAUAUCAUAUGUUUGCCAAACUCACAGGACAUUGAAAAUGUCUCAAUUUCUCUCAAAGGUCAAACCUUUUAAAGUAUUGGACAAUAUUGUACUGGUGUUAAUGGACACAGAAGUGUUCAAGGUUGAGGUAAACCUAUUUAUUUAUUCACUUAUUUAUGUAGGCCUAUCUAUUUAUUCACUUAUUUAUGUAGGCCUAUCUAUUUAUUCACUUAUUUAUGUAGGCCUAUCUAUUUAUUCAUUUAUUUAUGUAGGCCUAUCUAUUUAUUCACUUAUUUAUGUAGGCCUAUCUAUUUAUUCACUUAUUUAUGUAGGCCUAUCUAUUUAUUCAUUUAUUUUUACUUCAAGUUUGUUUAGAAUCUUCAUUUGCACUUUAAUUUACUUUUUUUUUGCAAGCCUUCGUCGUGAAUAUGCCAAAGCAUUUGACACUUUCUAAAUAUCCUCUUAUUUUAUUUGCCACUUUAUAAACCUAUUGCAUGCAACAAAAAAACAAAAAAACGAUAAUACUGAAAUCUAUGCCAAUUUAAUGAAGCUUUGGAUUUUUGCCAAAAUCUAGAUAGCAUCCGGCGGCAAUAUUUCUUGGGAGUCUUAUCAUAAAAAACUAUAGAGCAAUAAUGCAUGGUAUUAGUAACGCGUAAUAAUAAUGACAUCAUCUUUCUAUCCAGUACUCUUAGUAGUCAUACACAUUGAAUAUCAGGGAAAAGCCCGUGAGUGUGGUAUUUAAUGGAUAAACCCAUGGAGUGGGUCCUUUUGUAAAUGGUUACGCAACUGCCUGACACGUCUUAGAACGUCGACUUCUGGUGCUAAUGGAAUAGUUCCAGAACAAUCCAGAACAUCUCACCACCAAGUCUGUGGAAUGAACACCCGAGGCCCAAACGUAGGCGGAGCUACCCCGUAUCACAUCUCUCACAGGUGGGCAAGCUUGGGGGUCACUUCUGAGAUCCCUUGCACUGCACCAGAGCUCAAAAUGAUCAACACAAUAAGAUGACCUUAUUCUAGCCAUGAUAAAGUCCAUUCAUCGUAUUAAAGCACUUCCUUAUACUACGAACGUUUCAACUUUUUAAAGAUAGUAGCACAAGUAUAGAUUCAGGUAGAAAGGCCUUGUAUUAGCUAUAGGCUAACCGCUGUUUUUGUACAAUGCUGAUCAAAGGAACAUAACUGUUUAUUACAAGAUGCCUUGUACAUAACCCUUUGAUGAAUAUUUCUACAAACUGUAAAGAAUCAAAUUAAUCUUAUUUCUGGAGUUAUUUUCCCUGGGAUUUUUAUGCCUAGUAUUUGAACUAUUUAAAAGCACAAUGGCAGCAGACAUUUUUGUCUCACUUCAUAAUAAAGAAUUAAUAAAGACCUA